UUAUGCAAUACAACAUAAACACGAAGUCAGUUGAAGUAAUGUUGAUGUUCAGAUUAAUAAAUCGAAAGUUAAUCUAUUUCAGUUUUCCUAUUCGUCAUUCUCAGUGUUUGCUACGUUAUUAUUCAGAUGACAAACAGAAAGGCACAAACCUUUACGAUUCACUUGGUGUUAAAUCAUCAGCUACUCCAGCUGAAAUAAAAAAGGCUUAUUAUGAUUUGAGUUUUAAAUAUCACCCAGAUAGAAAUAAGGACAGUGUGGAAGCUUCCAAUAAAUUCAGAGAAGUUACCGAAGCAUAUGAAAUUUUGGGAAAUUAUGGAUUACGCAAACGAUACGACAAAGGCUUGCCUUUACCCAAUAAAAAAAGUACGAUCGAACGGCAACCGAUUGUAGAGAGCCCGGUGCAAUAUCAAACUUUUUUUGACAGUAGAGCUGGCUCACAAAAAUACAAAUCCCAGUCUCAAGGAAUUGGAAUGGAAGAAACCAUGUCUGAUAUUGAUGAUGGGAAAUAUAUGACUCAAAGAGCCAAAAUGAUGGAAGAGAAAUUUAAAAAAUCAACUGGGCAGUCAUAUUUAAUAGCUGUCUUUUUUUUGUCCCUCAUGUUAAUAUUUAAAUUUACCAGAGAUUAAGUUGGUAAAUCUUGUAUAUUAUUAAUAAAUUAUUUAGAUAACAUG